AUGAGCGCCAUAAACGCGAGCACUGGCUUCUCGCGGUUCCAGCUCCACAUCGGUCGUCAGCCUCGCAUUCUUCCUCCCAUCCUCUCGGCCGACGCACAAUCUGUCGCGCUCGACGCGCCUGACGAGACGCGACUCGCCGAGAACAUCCUGUCGAGCAUUGAGACUGACGUCUUCGAGGCACAGGACAACCUCCUCGCAGCCAAGCUGGCGCAGAUCACCGCGGCGAACCGAGGCAGGUCCGAGGAUCCUCCUUACGCCGUCGGAGACCUCGUGCUCCUCUCCACCUUCCACCGUCGGCGCGACUACAUGCGCAAGGGAGAUAACCGCGUGGCGAAG